UAUUGGUAAUUUGUCAGACAGUGAUACUGUAUUUAAGCAAUUAAGGAAUUAAUCUGAAACUUCAGAAAAAAAGAGGAAACGAUUACUGUAGUAAUCAAGUAACAUUGCGUCGUUUUAUUAAUUGUAAUUAUUAAACGGUUUAAUUAAAACGAAGGUGCGAACGUUAAAAGUGUAUUAGUUUUGCAAAACCGAUGAAACAUUUGCACGGAUUUACAAGAUAUUAAAGUAAAUGAGGAGGCUUAAAUGAAUAAGUUUUUAUGUUAUUUUAAUAAUCUGUUACAUUGACAUUUAACAUGAAUUUUCCUGCAAGUCCACAUGCUUUUACAGCACUAGGUGUUGGUGCCGGUACAACAGCGGCCCUUGGUCUGCACGCACCUACUCUACCAUUAUCACUUCCGCAACGAAAUCCAUUCGCGAUUCAGGAACUGCUGGGUUUGAGCUCCCAGAGUUCGGAACGAUGCAGACCACCUGUGCCAACAUCGUCAGACUCCUUUUUGUCGGCAUCGGCAUUUCUUGCCUCUUCAUUUUCACCUCCUUUAUCAGUGACUUCGGUAGCAACUGGACUUAACCCUUCUGCUUUUCCUUAUAUGGCAUGGAAGUCUAGUUUUAUGAAUGCAUUGAAUAAUUCCGCACAAGGACUUUUAAACUUUGGACCUGCUGUUCCGCCGUCAACGCCACCAAGUUCUGUUCUCUGCAAGUCGGAUUUCAAAUCAGGAUUAGACGCUAGUUUCAGUAGUGACAAAAGUUCAGAUUCCAUAGAGACAGGAUCUAUAAACGGCAAGAAAAAGAAGAAAAAGAGGCGUCAUAGAACAAUAUUCACGAGUUUCCAGUUAGAGGAACUUGAAAAGGCAUUCAAAGACGCACACUAUCCAGAUGUUUACGCUCGCGAGGUGCUAGCAUUGAAAACUAAUUUACCAGAGGAUCGCAUUCAGGUAUGGUUCCAAAAUCGCAGAGCUAAGUGGCGUAAGACGGAGAAAACUUGGGGAAGGUCAAGCAUUAUGGCGGAAUACGGUCUCUAUGGUGCUAUGGUGCGACAUUCCCUUCCGCUCCCAGAAACCAUAUUGAAAAGUGCUAAAGAAGGAGUGAUGGAUUCGUGUGCUCCUUGGCUACUGAGCAUGCACAAGAAGUCAAUAGAAGCACAAUCUACCUUAACGGGGGAUGGCAACAACAUUGAACCUGAAUCUAUGGAGAGUCCAGAUGAGAGAAAGAAUCCAUACAUGGUCCAGACAGAUAUUAGAUCAGAAAGUAUUGCGACGCUGAGAGCAAAAGCUCUAGAACAUUGCGCUAGAAUAACCCAAAGUGAAAACCAUGGUAAAGAUUCCUUAGAUAAACUAGACGACCAGCAGCACAGUGUUGAUGCUGAUUCAAAAUCUGAACAUUCCAAAUAUAAAAGUUCCUUUGAAGAUCCUAGAAAUGAAAAUGACAUUGUUACCGUUGUAUAAAUUCAUUUUACAAUUAUUUAUAUUUUGUUACUGUUCAUUUGUUAAAUGUAGUAUGUGCUAUUUAGAUUUCAUAUGUUAUCAUAGUUUUGUAUGAAGUCUUAUCGUCAUUAAAAUGCUUUUAGGUUGAAAUUGUUAUUUGUGUUACACACAUAUAAACCUUCGUUCGUAUUUUUGAAU